GCCUCUGACUCUGCUGCGAAACACACACGCUGAAGGACUACUCUUGUAGAAAUUUCCUUUCUCUGCAAAGGUAAACUCUAAAACUGAAGGAUUCCUCUUCAAGAAGCGGCAAACACUGUGUUUUUAAAAAAAAUUUCUGCACCUGAAAAGAAACUGAUUGCAAAGUCCAUGGUGAUCAGAGCACAGAUGGAUGGAAACGGCUUAGUGUAUCUCCUGGUCCUGUGUGCCCUCAAUAAGCUGCUGGUGGUGGCAAACUCUGAGGAGGGUUACCAGGAGCAUCUAAACCAUCGGAGCGAACAUCAGUCGACAGGGAACCAAAUCGCCACAGCCCAGUACGAAUGUUUCCAAAGGAUUAUAAAAGAAUCACACCGCAAAACAAAAACAAUAGGGCCAGUUUGCAACGCGACGUGGGAUGGGUGGCUGUGCUGGGAUGAAACUGAACCCGGACAAACAGAGCAGAGCUGUCCAGACUACUAUCACGAUUUUGAUCCUCAAGCAAUGGCAUCCAAAGUGUGCACAGAGACGGGAGAGUGGGGACGCCACCCCGAGAGCAAGAGGACAUGGACAAACUUCACAAACUGCCAUGCCAACACGACACAUCAUGGGACAGCGGCAAUGACUCACUUCUACUUGGUCAUGAUUGGUCACGGCCUGUCGCUGGUGUCACUGCUCAUAUCAUUAGGAAUAUUCUUCCAUUUUAAGAGUCUGAGCUGCCAGAGGAUAACGCUCCACAAAAACCUCUUCCUCUCAUUUGUGCUAAACUCCAUCAUCACUGUUGUCUGGCUUACAACAGUGGUAAAGAAACAGGGACACACCUACAAUGAUUCGGCGAGCUGUAAGCUGCUCAUGUUCAUCCACCUGUAUCUAUUGAGCUGUAACUACUUCUGGAUGCUCUGCGAGGGCAUCUACCUGCACACUCUGAUUGUUGUGGCAGUGUUUGCAGAAAAACAGUAUCUCAUGUGGUAUCAUCUGCUGGGCUGGGGUUUUCCACUUGUGCCAGCGGUGAUACAUUCAAUAGCACGCCACUGCUACUACAACGACAAAUGUUGGGUCAGCUCAGAUACGUCAUUGCUGUACAUCAUCCAUGGCCCCAUCUGUGCAGCACUGGUGGUGAAUCUUUUCUUCCUGCUCAACAUCGUUCGGGUUCUCAUCACCAAGCUGAGAGUGACCCACCAGGCCGAGUCCAGCCUCUACAUGAGGGCUGUGAGAGCAACCCUCAUCCUCAUCCCUCUGCUCGGCAUCCAGUUUGUCUUGCUCCCCUACAAGCCUCAGGAUGACUGGGUCUCUGAGAUCUACCUGUAUGUCAUGGAGAUCCUUAUGCACUACCAGGGUCUCUUGGUCUCUACAAUAUUCUGCUUCUUCAAUGGGGAGGUGCAGAGCGUUCUGCGGAGACACUGGAACCAGCAGCGGAUGCAGUUCGCUGGCACCUUUGCCAAUGCCGACUUCUUCCGCUCAGCGUCUUCCGUGGCGUCGUCGCUCACAGAGGUCCACCGCUGCUAUAGCAUCGAAAGCCACACUGAGCACAUGAACGGCAAGAGCUACUCGGACAUAUUCAGAUCGGACAGUCCUUUCGUGUGAGGGAUCAUUGUUUCUUUGACUUUUCCCAAGAUGUUACUUUUUUUUCUUGGAGUUUUACUACUGUUCAUGGCACCUGAGUGCAAACUUUUCUCUUUUUUGAUUUUUCCCCGACUUCCAGCCACUAAAACUCAGAUAUUUCACUUUUUAAAAAACUUUUUCUCAUGAAUAUUACUAAAACAGAAGGAGCUUGACACCUAAGAUUCUGGUUCUUCUUCAUUAGUUACUUCCAAUGAAUAUUCAAAGGGGCUGUUACUGGACAAAAGGAAGACCCUCAAGCAUUAACAUGAGGAAUUAAUGCUUUUUUGCAUCAUGUGGAAUUAACUUGAAGAGGCAUCGGUGAGAAGAAGCCAUGCUGUUGAGCUGACUCUUAGAAUCUUGCAAAGAGAGUUGUUUUUUUGGGCAUUUUUUAAGGGUAUUGCUGAAUUUAAAAUUUAAACAGUGAGUGUGGGAAGGAAAUGCAUGAGAACCCUGUUGAAAGACUUGCAAAAUCUGAAAAAUCAUUUCAGGUUUUAGUUAUAAGCACAUAUAAUAAUCUCUUUGGUUAAUGCAAAGAUCAGUGGGCACAACCGGAGCUAUAGUUUCUAGGAGUUAACCUACUGGCAAGCAUGAAGAGCAAGUACCAUUAUUUCUGUUGAUAGUACCACACAGAACUACACAUUUAAAAUAUAAAAAAGUACAAACACACACACAUCAUUCCUGCUUUACCACUUAUGAAUUCAAGGCAUGCAACUCAGAGUUUCCUAUGUAUGUAUUGCUUUCUUUAGCUGAGUAAAAAAAAAAAAGACAAAAAACUAAAAUGUUGUCAGACCCCACAUGUCAUUUGUACAAGCAGCUUACUGCAACCCAUAUUUACGUUUAUUGUUAGACCUCUAAUGGCUGUUGUAAUUAUGACAGGAGCAAAGGCAGAAGUUGAUGUGAAAUUAAGAGCAACAAAAUUCACAUAGGAAGGAUGUCGGGGUGGAUAGAUUGGUCAAACUAACACAGGACUUUGACCCAGGAGACUGCUGUUCAUGCCCUGUGGUGACUUAUUUUAAUUAGGUACAUAACUUAACUUACCUAACGUACUUAACAAUCUAACAUAACCCACAUAACUAGGGCUCCACUGACUUUCUUUUAGUUGGAGCACUGUAGCCCCUAAAUGAAAAUUUUAGGAGCACAAGCAGAAAAUUUAGGGGCACACUUAAAAUGUCCUGCGAUGCAAUUAGUCAAACUUUUGGCCAUUUUAACUGUUUUACUGAUAAAUGCUUUGGUGAUAAAUGAACAACUUACAGAAAUUACAAAGAGCUGUUUUUUUCAAGUUUACAAAUUGAACUUUUAUGAAUGUGUACAUGGCAUAUGCAUCAUACAAACAUACAAACUUUUUUUUUUGUUUUGGUAUGAGGACAUGUGUUGAUUGCCUGCUACCAGUAUGGACGCUAAUUUAGGAAGUUCCUGUGGGUUGUAUUAGAGGAUAGGAACAAACAGCCUUUGUGUUUGUAUGGGUUGGAGGACUUGUUGUUAGAAACAUAAGCUUACAUUGUCUUACAGUAUCUUUUAAGUUAAUGCUCCGUUAGACUCACUGUUUUUAUUUGUUUGCUUCAUGUCUGAUUAUUCCAAAAUGCUGGAGAUUUGAUGUGUGAGAUUAUCACAGAGACAAAUAUGACUGAAAAAUGCAUGUUUGUACAUAUAUUUGAAUAUGACAUAUAUCAAGGCACAAAAUACAUAGCCUUUUGUGUACUCUGUAUAUUUUUCCAGUCAGCUAACACAUUAUUGUACAUUACUCAUGUUACACUUUAAUUCAUAGUAGUAUAUUGAUAAGGGUAAAAGAUGUUUUUAGAUAAAGAAAAGGUCAAUGUUUCAGUGUUCAGGAAACAGAUUCAGCAGGAACUGACGUAUGUUGAUUCACUGAUAAGAUAAAGUUUGUCACCUCCAGUUAGAGAUAAAAAAUAUCUUUCCUGAUGCAUGAAGAGCUGCAGGUUUCAGCCCUCCAAAACAGGAAGUACACUUAUUCAUUUUCUUGCUGAGAGUUUGAUGGGUAGAUUGAAGCUAUAAAGCUUAGCUUCUAUAAAGCUUGCUGGAUAACUUUCUGCAAGAAUUAUUUCCCCAAAUGCUGAACCAUUCUUCUAAAUCCAAUCUAAAUCUAAAUCUAAUCCAAAUACAUAGGCAUACUAUUUCUGUUUUUCAUUAUACUGAAUGUGUACUAUAACAAUUUACAAGACAUGAUUUCUACUAUGAUUUCUGAACUGAUUUUUAGAAGAAAAGACUAUCUCUCUGCCACAGGUAUUGUGCUAUUAAAGAAACCUAAAUAUAUCUGAAUGUGCUCGAUAGUGGACACAGAUAUUUAUUAGAUAUUACACUGGACAUAUAUGUGUUAGGCUACAUUGUUGAGGUGUUAUCGUCUGAUAAGUGGCAUUCAUUUCUUGAGACAGUUUUGAAAAACACACUUAUUUGUUUUCUUGGGUGAUUGAUACCACUGUCAUGUCUGAGAGUGGUAUCAAUCUUCUCAUCUAAUAUCUGAAAUGUCAAACUAUUUCUUUAAAGGAGCAGUAUACAACAUUCAGAGCAUGGAUUUAUAUAGAGAAAGUUGGUCAGUGGUCCAUGAGGCCAAAAAAACCUUGAUUUCUGUGGUGUAAAAUUACACGCAUUGUGCACAUUAAGUGGCCCAUAUAGUAAGGGUACAAGAGACUUCCACUGGUCGAGUGGCUUACUUCUGCUGGGCAAGCAGCUAACUUCCCAUUUAGUGCUCGACUAGGCAAACUUGAAUGGGGAUAAAAAUGAGGUAAUCACUCGUCUAGAUUGUUGAAUUGUCAUUGGACAGAAUUGAUUAGACCCCGAUAGUAAGUCAUUUCACGGGGGCUUGUGACAAUUAAAAAAAUGUAGGCCCAUCCACUAAUUUACAUCUCUUUUACAACGUAGGUCUGUAGGAAAAAAAAAAUUCUGGGCCGAUUGGCAUCACAUGGUUGUUGUUGUUCCACUCUUGGUCACCAUGUAAAACUGGCUCCAAAGCCUGGCGCUGUUCUUGGGUGCUUGAUUCAGAGUCUUAUUCAGGCUGUCUACACACGGUUCUCAACAUGGAGGUGGCUGAGUUCACUCAAAGAUACCAAUGCUAACAGUAACAGUGCUGACAGAACUAGCAGUUAGAGCUAACAGAGUUAACGUAAGGGGGAACUAGUGGGUGGGAACCAUACAUUCCUGACUACGCUGUGGAUCAGGUUAGUGUUAUCAGUGGUACCCUCUCCAGUGCAGGGUAACAGCAGUUAGCUAGUCAAUACACACAGGGACCGUCUGCUACAAAUAUUAACAGAGAAACUCAGACUGCUAUACACACAGAGAUUGCAUGGCUUCAUUCUCUGUUUAGGAUGCCAUUACUCAACCCUUUCUCACUCUGAAGUCAUGACGAAAAAAGCUGUCCUUUAACGUUGGCGUGAUAUGCAGCCAGUCGUUGUUAUAGUUUAACAGCACUUGGCAGCAUCAGGGGGAAAUGUGGUGGGACAAGAACAAAAGUUAAGGCACUGAAAGUCCGAGUGGGUGGGAGGGGUGCUGGAUGGGUCCAACAAACACCGACUUUCACCCGGGAGAGUGGUGUUCACUUCUCAUAUGAUUGUAAAGCCAAACUCUGUUCUUUUUUCCUAAACCUAACCUAACCAUGUUCCUAUGUGCUUCACAUUUCUUGUGAAAUGGCUUCCCAGAACGUCAAUGGCCAGUGCACCUAGGGUACCUUCCAUGUCGUAUCUGGACGUGAAGGUCUAUGACCAAAUGUCUAUAGUCACAAGGUCGCAGUGAGAAUGUGUUGCUUUACUCCACUAUAUCUUUACAUAACAAAUAGUUGUUUGCUGCUAUAUUAAUGUUGUAAUGUUGUACACUAUACAGCUCUUUUAAAACAAAACCUCUUCACAAAGAUGAGUCUAGCUUUGCUUUGCAGACAUCUGUGCAUUUUUGCAAUACACAUUGUAUCAGUAAUAAUAGUAUUGCUAAUACAUUGAGCUAUAAUAGAGAAGGAAAAAAAAUGAUCUCUGUAUUUUAAUAUUCUAAACUCAAGGUUCAGCUUUCUCUGGAACUUUCAACCAUAUUCUGUGGUCAUGGGAUAUGAUUGAAAGCCCUCGUAAAAGCUAGUAAGGGAACCUUGAGUUUAGAAAUUUCUUUACUACAGAUAUGUUUUCCCAAUGUCCAGAAUGAGCCUUAAUGUUAAAAGAAACUUGUAUACUAUAAACACAGAUGUGUGUUUUCCCAUGUUGGAGGUGUUACAAAAGAUUUUCUUAUUUUAAUUUUUGUAACAUAGUUUUGUCAAUAAAUGCUUGUUUAUACUGAAGAAAUGCUGUAAAUAAAAACAAGCUGUUUUAAACUGA